UUUAAACAAAGGGGAAUAUUUUCGUCCAGGUCUUUUCACCGACAUGGAGUACACAUCAUCCCCAAAACCGCAGCUGUCAUCCCGGGCAAAUGCUUUCUCUAUAGCUGCGCUGAUGUCUAGCGGGAAGCCCAGCAAGGACAAGGAGACGGAGGAGAACACCAUUAAACCUCUCGAACAAUUCGUGGAGAAAUCGUCAUGCAACCAGCAGUCUCUGGCUGACCUGUCCUCUCUGGAUGGGCACGGGGACUUCAGCGGGAGCGCGCCCGCGGUGUGCACGGAGCCGCUUAUCCCUACCAAUCCCGGCAUCCCAAGCGAGGAGAUGGCGAAGAUCUCCUGUAGCCUGGAGACCAAAGAACUGUGGGACAAAUUUCACGAGCUCGGCACCGAGAUGAUCAUCACCAAGUCUGGAAGGAGGAUGUUUCCAACUAUCCGGGUCUCUUUCUCCGGGAUGGACCAGGACUCCAAGUAUAUCGUGUUGAUGGACAUCGUCCCGGUGGACAACAAGCGGUACCGGUACGCCUACCACCGCUCCUCGUGGCUGGUAGCCGGCAAGGCUGACCCACCUUUGCCCGCCAGGUUGUACGUCCACCCGGAUUCUCCGUUCACCGGAGAGCAGCUGAUGAAGCAAAUGGUUUCCUUCGAGAAAGUCAAGUUGACAAACAACGAACUGGACCAACACGGACAUAUCAUCCUAAACUCCAUGCACAAAUACCAACCACGGGUCCACAUCAUAAAGAAGAAGGACCACACUGCCUCGCUGCUCAAUCUCAAAUCUGAGGAGUUUCGCACCUUCGUCUUUGUUGAAACCGUCUUCACCGCUGUCACAGCUUAUCAGAACCAGCUGAUAACCAAACUGAAGAUUGACAGCAACCCGUUUGCCAAAGGUUUCCGGGACUCCUCGCGGCUGACAGACAUGGAGAGGGAAAGUGUUGAGAAUCUGAUCCACAAGCACUCUUACGCCAGGUCACCGAUCCGAACCUACACCGGUGAUGAGGAGAACCUGAGCGAGGACGGACACUCCACACACACCAGAGGUUCAGCAUUCACCGCCUCAGACAACCUCUCCCUGAGUUCCUGGGUCACCACCACCUCGGGUUUCUCAGGCUUUCAGCAUCCACAGUCUCUGUCAGCCAUGGGCACUGGCACCACCACUUUGCCCCACCCUAUCCAGGGUUCCCUGCCCCCCUACAGCCGGCUAGGCAUGCCACUGACACCCACUGCUCUAGCUGGAACCAUGCAGGGCAGCGGGCCUUCCUUCCCUUCCUUCCACAUGCCUCGCUACCACCACUACUUCCAGCAGGGACCCUACGCUGCCAUCCAGGGACUCCGCCACUCCUCCACGGUCAUGACACCCUUUGUAUGACUCGGUUUUGGGGUGGAGACUGCCGAACCUCACUCUGAAGCUUGCCUCUGAUAUGGCGCAACAUGUUCUCCACCUUGGCUCACCUUUCCCUCUGCUCUGUGUAAAUAGUGAGUGGGGUGAUGGUCAUGACAUGAAGGGGAUAUGGCAUACUGACUGAGAAAGACCUCAGGACCAGGAAAUCCUGAAGCUCAUAUAAACACUUUAAGAGACAUUGUAAAAAAGACUGAUGACUUCAUUACAAACUAUGAAACCUGAUGAAAAAAGGAGAACACAUGCAUGUUUUAUCUCAGCCCACGAAGAACACAAAGUGGAUCCUCAAAUUGUUUUAACAGUAAGUGGAGAGCCCUGGCUGCUACAGUUGCUAUUGGCAACAUGCUCUGCAUCAAGGCUUUGAAGAUGGCAGAGUUCUGUGCGAUCCAGUGACACUCAUCUUAUGCCACAGUGUUGGCCACCAAAGAUCUCGCUUAACAUUUCAGCAUGAACAAUGGGCAGAGGAGCCAGCUUUCCACUGUGUUUGACAAAGUCAGCCAUAUGUACAGCUCCAAGUUACAACUUCACAUUCUGCUGAAGAUAGUGAUAAAGUGUUAAAAUGCAUCUUACAAAGAACACAAACAUACAUUUACAGAUACAUUCUCACUGUGUGUUAAAAAGAAAAACAAAACAAACAAAAAAAUGCAUGCUGACUGCAGUAGACAAACGCAAAGGUUAACUGUAUAUGAUGUAACAUGGGAUAAAAACGCUCACCUGUGAAACCGUGUUUAAAGGGCCAGUCACACCAAUAAUCCUAAAAGAGGCUGUGAGUGCAAACAGUUUACCCUCAAUUUAUUAAAAGACCAGGAAAGCAUAGGUCAAGAUGAUUACUCCUAUCCAGAUUUUUAGGUCCAUGAAGAUGAGUGAUAAGGUUAGGAUGAGAAGCAUAAGAAGAACCUCGGACAGCUGAGGCCAAAAUAAACCCCAACAACCCUAAGGAAAAAUGUUAUCAUUAUAGUAAUAAAUUACUACAGAACAAACAAUGGUCUUAACUCUGUUUGUAGAAGAAGUGGUUUUCACACA